AUGGAAAAUAGAAGCAAAAGUGAGGCUAAGAAGGAUAAAAGAAGAAAAAGAAGUAGAAGUAGAUCCUAAAAAAAGGAGAAAGCAUAAUAAAAAAGUAAGAAAUCUAAAGAAAGAAAGUCAAAAGAAAGAAAAAAGUAAGAGAAAAAACCAGAAAACAAGUCGAUUAAAGAAAAAGAAGUUAAAGUUGAGGUACAAAAAAAGGUUGGAGAAAACGAAACGAAAGAAUAACGAAACUCACGAUUAAAAAAGGAGAGGAGAAACAGAUCUAGAUCUAAUUCUGCUGUUAAACAUUACUAAAAGUAAAUCUUAGCUAACAAUCCUGCUUCUAAAUAGAAUGCCCUAGGCUAUGACAAAUAGGAUAAAUUUUGGAAUGGUUUCACUUGGGUACCUAAAACAAAUUUGCAUGACAAGGUUAGAGAUGAUAAGGAGAAAGUAAUGUCAUUGACUAGUGGAAUGAGAAGAAUUUAAAUUUGCAACAUUCCUACAGGCUUGACUAAUCGAGAUCUUUAUGCCGAACUGAGUAGAUUUAUGAAUAGAAAUUACUUAAACGAUGUUGGCAAUGCCAAACCAAUCUUAUAUUGCCAUUUGAAUGAAAAAGACAGAACCUGCACAAUAGAGUUAUCUUCUGUUGAAGAAGCCAAUAGGAUGCUAAAAUUAGAGGAUAUCAAGUUAUUGGAUGAAUCUUGUAAGAUCUUUCGUCUUGGUGAUAGCUUAUAUGGUCAAUCUGUGAAUUCGUCAUAGUUAGUCUAGUAAGCGCAUAACAUGGCCUAGGCGUAAGCUGCUGCCUAUCUAGCAUUAAAGUCACUUGGAUAUGCCAGGGGAUAGAGGGAAGAUGAUGAAAUUCUGGCUUAGACAGGUAUCCCAUCCAGGAUUAUAAAGGUUGGAAAUUUUUUAAAUGCUGCUAUGGCAAUAAAUUUAAAUAGAAAUGAAUGGAAUGAAAUGAGAGAUGAUUUAUUAGAAGGAUUUUCAUAAUGCAAUUAAUUUGAAGAUGACUUCUUUGUUAGACCAUUUCAAGCUGGUUUAGGAGCUGAGGCAGGUUCCCUAUUUAUUGUGUAUUCAACUAUUGAGGACGCAUAAAAGAUUGUGAUAUCAAUGUAUGGUAGAACUUAUAAUUAAAGGGCUCUAAAGAUUAUAUUCAUUAAUGAAUAAACUUAUAUUAGAAGUUAUAUUCCAUUAAAAUUGAAAUAGCAGCCAGAAACAGAGGAUAUGUUAAAUAGAGAAUAGGAUAAAUAUGAUGACGAAGACUUUGAAGAAGAAGAAGAGUAUUUAGAUAAGAUAGAGAAUGGGUAAAUUGUCGAGAAUAUUAAUAAAAGUUGA